UGGCCGGAGGCUUCAUUCUCUUAGUUGGACGUUGUGGGGUUCAGCUACGGGUGAUUAGUUUCCAUAGGAGCAGUGGGGAUUAUUUUAUAUUGAAAUUUGUGACACUGCUGCACAGAGUGAUGAUUGUACAAAGAGUGGUAUUGAAUUCCCGACCUGGGAAAAAUGGUAAUCCAGUAGCAGAGAAUUUCCGAAUGGAAGAAGUCACUUUACCAGAGGGCAUCAAUGAAGGACAAGUGCGAGUUAGAACUCUUUAUCUUUCUGUGGAUCCUUACAUGCGUUGUAAGAUGAAUGAAGACACUGGCAGUGAUUAUUUAGCGCCUUGGCAGCUGUCUCAGGUGGUAGAUGGUGGUGGUAUUGGAAUUGUAGAAGAAAGCAAGCACACAAACUUAACCAAAGGCAAUGUUGUGACUUCUUUUUAUUGGCCCUGGCAAACUAAAGCUAUUUUAGAUGGGGAUGGCCUUGAAAAGGUAGAACCACAACUUGUGAAUGGACAUCUUUCGUAUUUUCUUGGAGCUAUAGGUAUGCCUGGUUUGACUUCCUUGAUUGGAGUGCAGGAAAGAGGUCAUAUAACUGCUGGAUCUAAUCAGACAAUGGUGGUCAGUGGAGCAGCUGGUGCCUGUGGAUCCUUGGCUGGACAGAUUGGCCGCUUGCUGGGCUGUUCCAGAGUGGUGGGAAUUUGUGGAACACCUGAGAAAUGCGUCCUUUUGACCUCAGAACUGGGCUUUGAUGCUGCAAUUAAUUAUAAAAGAGGGAAUAUGGCAGAACAACUCAAAGAAUCGUGUCCAGCUGGAGUGGAUGUUUACUUUGACAAUGUUGGUGGUGACAUAAGUGAUACAGUGAUAAGUCAGAUGAAUCAGAACAGCCACGUCAUCCUGUGUGGUCAGAUUUCCCAGUACAAUAAAGAUGUGCCUUAUCCUCCCCCUCUGCCCCCUGCCAUAGAGGCAAUACAAAAGGAAAGAAACAUCACAAGGGAAAGAUUUCUGGUGUUAAAUUACAAGGAUAAGUUUGAGCCUGGCAUUCUACAGCUGAGUCAGUGGUUUAAAGAAGGAAAGUUAAAGAUCAAAGAGACUGUGAUAAAUGGAUUGGAAAACAUGGGAGCUGCAUUCCAAUCCAUGAUGACAGGAGGUAACAUUGGAAAGCAGAUAGUCUGCAUUUCAGAAGAUGCUUCUUUAUAAUCUAUGUACAUCUUCAUCAAGGAAAUAACAUUUUUCAGGUUUUCUUCUUUUCGAGAUGGUAUGGGGGCUAAACUCAGAGCAUCAGGUCACUGGGCUUUUUCUCUCAAGGACAGUUGGUGCUCUUCCACUUGAGCUAUGCCUUAAAAUUUAAGAAUAUAAACAGUUCUUAAUGAUUUUUUAGUAAUCAUUAAGCUGUUUGGUCACAUAAUUCUGUUUUAUCUAAAUAUUUCACAUAUGCACACUAUAUUUAACGUGAUUACUUUCAACAUUAUUUCUUCUUCUUUUUGUUUUGCUUUUGGGACAAGCUCUUGCCAUGCAGUCCAGGCUGACCUUGAACUUAUGAUUCUACUUUAGCAGGAGUGCUGGGAUUAAUUCCAGGUGCUGGAAUUAGAGAUAUACAGGAAUGUACCACCAUACCUGGCUACUUUUCUGAUUAAAACUAAUAGGUGAUAUUUGUAUCAGAUAUUCUGGAACUACUGGAGACUUAAUACAACUGUUAAUUGGUCAUAUGCAAUCGAUUUUAAAAUUAACUUGUAUUUAAAAUUGAAUAAUCAUUCUAUUGUGAGAAACAGUAAACAUUUAUUUGAAAAAAGUCUUACAAUUCUUAAAUUGAAACUUGCGUAACAACAGAAUUGGGAUGGUCUUUCCAAAUAGAUGGAAAAGAGAAUGGUAUAACAUGUAUGUAAAGCUUGAGGGUGGAAAACUUUUGGGGUGUAAGAGCAGAGGAUCUUGGUUCAGAAUAGUAUGAGAUGAUAAAUAAUGUAAGCUGAGUUUAUGGAGAGACCAAGAGACCAGAUGUGUGUUUUGCCAAAUAAUUUAAUGUAUAGCACUUUAAUACUACACUGUAUAUUGAUAGGAGCAUAUGCUUCUUUUAUAUUCAGCAGUUACACUGUCAAAUAGUCCUAAAAUGGAGGGCAAGAAGACACAUGAAUAUCACUUGGAAUUUACUAGUAAAAACAAUGGGGAGGAGAGGGUGGAGGCUGCGGCUGAGGUGGUGCUCACUGGUUCAGCAGUGAUCUUCAAUUCAAUCCUGAGCACCAAAAACGCCCCAUAACACAAGAAAACAGAGACACCUUAGGAAAAUCAUGAGACUGGGCAAAUUAACCAAUGGUUGCAAACCUGAAUGCUAAAGAUGCACUGAUGUACUUAUUAGUGCUUGUUUCCUUUCUUGAAGGGACUCUUCUCUGUAUAUUGAUAACUCCCCAAGCUACUUUUCCAUUUGUGAUUUGCUUGAGUUUCGAAGUUAAAAAAAAAAAAAUGCCUCCUACCUCA